AUGGAUCGUUGUAGUAAUAAUUUUGUUGGAGGGAAAUUAAAAUUGAAAAAAAAAAUAAAAAAAAUAAGUAAAAGCAAAAAAAGUAGUGAUAAUGCAGACAAAAAACAUAAGGACGAAAUAAAUAAAGGAUUAGAACAAAAGGAAGAAAAUAAAAAAACAAAUGAGAAAAAUGAUGAUAUAAUAAAUGGAGCUGGAAGGAUAGUAACAAUUAAAAAUACGAUACAAGGAUUUGAUACAAAAUUUAUAGACGAAUUGAAAGUUGGAUAUCAAAUAAUUUUAAAAAAUCCGACUAGUUUACAAAUUGAAAAAAAAACUGUAACAUCUAUAUUAAGUAAUAGAACUGUACUUGUUGAUGAAGAAUUUUCAAAUGAUAUAAGUACAGCAUGUAAGUAUUAUAUAAAUAAAAAAGUAGCUAACUUAAAUGAAAAAAAAAAAAAAAAAAAAAAUGGAAAUAUAAGUAAUAGUGAAAGUUGCAGUGAUAAUGAAACAUUAAAAUAUGCAAAAGUAUUAAAAGAUAAACCUAAACAUGAUGUUAUAAAAAUACGACAAAAGGUUGGAUUAUGGUCUUAUAAAGUUGUUGAUAAAAAAAUUAAGGGAAAUUUAACAAAUGAGCAAAAGUUGGAUGAACGGGUAAAAAGUGGUCGUGAUAAAUUUUGUUGGUAG